ACGAGGGCGAUAGAUAUGUUGGAUAGUUGUGGACAAUGGACUAUGGACAAUGAAUAUGUUGGAUGGUUGUAUACGAGGGACGAUGGAUAUGUUGGAUGGUUUUGGACGAUGGAUAUUGUUAG